AUGUACAAAAUGGUAUGGAAAAAAUGCUUGAAAAAAAAAGUGUAGUGGUCACUUGAGAGGUUCCACAAGGCUUUUUUGGAGAGGACACUAAAGUGGCCACUUCUGGCAAAAUUUUUAGUGGCCACUUAAGUAGUUUUUCAUCCAGUAAUCCUUCCAGUAACUCUGAUAAUUUUAAAACAAACAGAUUGGACAAGUUAUGUUGAUUUAUUGACCCCUAAAGCGGCCACUAAACCUUCAAAACCCUAAAGUGGCCUCUAAGAUUUCCGCAGUAGGCCUGGAAAAAAUCAAUAGGUCUGAAUAGCUUUUUCAGAUCCUAAUAUUCAAAAACUCCUUCAUUUUUUUCAAUCUCUUUCAACUUCACGUCAAAGCGUUUCACAUGACUUAUAAGCUAGAAUUACAGUAAGGGGGAAAAUUUUCAAGGCUUUUCCUGAAAAAAUCCUUCCCAAAAAACCUUUCUGAAGACUUCCACUAUGAUUAUGUUCCCUCAAAAAAUUAAUUUUCACUUCCUUUCCCCUGAAAACUUCCAGAAAUGGGACGAAACCCUCGAAAAAAGCGCUCAAGCCUUCGCGGAUACGUGUCCAACUGGUCAUUCUGAGACAAAAGGAGUCGGGGAAAAUAUGUACUGGGCUCACAUUACCGAGAAACCGGAAGAUCUUAACUCAUAUGUGAGUUUCGCUCGAAAAAGUGCCGUUUCUCUGGGUUCUCUCGUAAUAGCAUACUGUCUCUGACCUCACUGGCGAGAGAAAAGAGAGCGCAGACAGGUCAGACAGUUUCAAGUCGUAUGUUUCCUUGAAGGGAGUGAAUACGACAGCCGUAAGGAAAAGUUUUCAUUUCUCUGCGCUCUCUCAUUGUUACGCGCUAUUUCUAUGUCUCUAUUACCUCGUUGACGAGGGAGAAGAGAGCGCAGACAGGUCAGACAGUUUCAAUUCGUAUGUUUCCUUGAAGGGAGUGAAUGCGGCAGCCGUAAUAAAAAUUAUGAUUUUCUCUAAGCUCUCUCGUGUCUACAUACUAUUUUCUCGUUUCCAUGACCUUUGAGAUGAGAGAAAAGAGAGCGCAGAGAGGUCAGAGACUUCAAAAAUUCUGUUUUUCGUAAAGCUAAUGGAUGCGGCAGCCAGAGGUUUUGAUAAUCUGUUUUCUUUGUGCUCUCUCAUGUUCACGCACUAUUUUUAUGUGUAUGACUCUAUGACCUCGGCGGCGAGAGACAAGAGAGCACAGACAGGUCAUACAGUUCCAAGUCGUGAGGAAUGAUUCGUUUUCUCUGCGCCCUCUCACCGUUAACGACUCUCUAACGUUCAAAAUCCUUAUGACAAGAGAAAAGAGAGGGCAGACAGGCCAGAAACUUCUUCUUUAAAGGGAAUCAACGCCACGACCGCCUGGCAGGACGAAUUCCAGAAAUUCGGCUGGCCAUCGGAUGAAACGACCGUCGACCUGUUCAGCACCGGAAUAGGUCAUGCGACUGCGGUGGGGAAUUCUGAAUCGUUUUCAGAAGACGUCAGGGGGUUCAGAUGGCGUGGGCCGCUACGGAAAACGUCGGAUGUGGAGUGAAACUGUGUCCAGCCGCUUCAGCUACUCAAUUCAAUACAGUUGUGGUCGUUUGCCAGUACUUUGAGCCGUUAGUUUUAUUUUGUGGUUAGAGUUAUAGUCAAACUUGAUAAUCAGUGGGCAAAGCCUUAUAAGACUUUGAACCUUUUCAAAUGAGAAAAAAAUUUAGGGACCAAAAAUAAUUUUCCUUGAGAAUUCCAAUGAAUAAGUGUCGCCGGACAACUAUUCCAUACUUCGUAAGGAUUUCCAAAAAUUCCUAGAAAAAAAAAGCCCAAAAAAAAUCCUGAGAAUCUCAAGUUCGCCAUGGAGCGCAAAUGAUACAAGCUUUGGUUAAUAAUCGCCAUAGAGCGCAAAAGAUAAAUUUUUUUGGCUGGUUUUUUCGGCUGUUAUUUUCGACAGUUCUAAAGAUAAAUUCCAAGAAUUUCGUCACUUUUAAAAUUGUAAACCUUCUUUUCACUUGUAUGUAGAACAUAAAAGGUUAAAAAUCAUUAUUUUUUUCACAAAAAAAACCCGAAAAAAUCAGUUUCUCCAUAGAGCGCAAAAGCUUCAAGGCUAUUUUUUCUCACUUUUCUAUGACCUUCUUUUUGCUAUUAUGAAGACUGAAAACGUUAAAAAGGUCCAAAAUCACCUUUAGACUCCCGAAAAUUCAAAAAAUCAGAUUCUCCAUAGAGCGCAAAAGCUACAUGGCUAUUUUUUCUCACUUUUUUGAUGGCUAUUUUUUUAAUCUACAUUUAUUUUAGCGGAAGCAAAAUUAAGGGGUUUUAACAAUUUUUGAGAUUUUUAAAUUCCUUUUCUCUUUUAUGAAGGCUGAAAAACGUGAAAAAGGUCAAAAAACACCAUUAUCUUCAUAAAAAAAAAAAAUCAAAAAAUCAGUUUCUCCAUAGAGCGCAAAAACUACACGGCUAUUUUUUUCUCAUUUCUCUAUGACCUUCUUUUUUUACUUUUUAUAAAGAAUGGAGAACGUGAAAAAAAGGUCGAAAAUCACUUUUAGCCUACCGAAAAUUUAAAAAAAUCAGUUUUUUUCCAUAGAGCGCAAAAAGCUACACGGCUAUUUUUUUCUCACUUUUUUUGAUGGUUAUUUUUUUAAUAAAAAAAUCAAAAAAAUCAGUUUCUCCAUAGAGCGCGAAAGCUACACGGCUAUUUUUUUCUCAUCUAUUUUUUUCAGCGGAAACAUGGUCGGCAACCAAAUCUACGAAGAAGGACCAACAUGUUCAAAAUGUCCAGCUAAAAUCGCCUGUGAAGCUUUGACAGGCCUUUGUGCUUAA